AUGAAGCCGUCGAAACUGAAACGGCACCUGGACACAAAACACCAGACAGUCAAAGAAAAACCAGUGGAGUACUUUCAAAGACGGCGCCAAGAACUGCAGGCUUCACAGAGGCUGAUAACGGCAACAAGCACCACGCAAGUGCAGGCACCCCGCGCAUCUUACCACGUAGCUCACCGGAUCGCGAAGGUCAAGAAACCUCACACCAUAGCAGAAGAACUCAUCUUACCUGCAGUUGCGGAUAUGGUGAGGGAGAUGGUAGAUGAAGCGACCGCAAAUAAGUUGAAGACAAUACCGCUGUCCAAUGACACCAUCAGCAGGCGCAUUGAAGACAUGUCAGACAACAGAAAAGAACCGGUGACAAGUCGUGUCCAGACAAGCAUCCAAUUCGCACUGCAAAUGGACGAAUCGACAGAUAUAGGGAAUCAUGCCGUGCUGCUCGUGUAUGUGAGACACGUUUGGGAAGGAGACUUGCAAGAACAGUUUCUCUGCAGCAGAGAUCUGCCCACCACAACGGCAAUCUUCAACUCAGUGGAUUCGUACUUGCGCUCAGUGGGUUUGACCUGGAGCAACUGCGUUGGGAUCACGACUGAUGGUGCAGCCUGCAUGACAGGCAGACAUUCAGGAGUGGUGAAGAGAAUACUCGAGAGGGCACCGAAUGCAACAUGGAACCACUGUUUUCUCCAUCGGGAGGCCCUAGCAGCAAAAGACAUGGUGCCAGAGCUUGAUUGCACACUGAAGGAUGUGGUUAAAGUGGUCAAUCACGUUAAGCGCAGUGGGAAGAACAGUCAGUGCUUCAAGUCACUUUGCAAAGACUUAGGUGCUGAGCACCUACAGGUGUUGUACCACAUGGAGAUACGCUGGCUGUCGAGGGGAAAGGUGUUAACCAGAUUCUUCGAGCUGAAAGCAGAGCUGGCAGCUUUCCUCGCACAGACCAACUCAGCCUAUGCGGAGCUGUUUGACAGCAAGCUAUGGCUCGCCAAAGUUGCCUAUCUCGCCGACGUGUUAGAGCACCUGAACACAUUGAAUUUGUCUUUGCAAGGGAAGGGACAUUGUAAGUUGGAGCAGUCCGAAAAAGUCAGUGCGUUCAAAAGGAAGCUGGCAUUGUGGGAAGGCAGAGUCAUCAAAGACAGGCUCGACAUGUUCCCCAACGUAUGUCAAGAGGCACUUCAGCUGGAUGUCGCGGACAGAGGUGCCCUGAAGAGCAUCAUCACCGCGCAUCUGAAGAAACUGCAAACGCGGUUUAACGCCUACUUCCCGGAGAGCGCACACAACAGAGAGGAAGAAUGGGUGCGUGAUCCCUUUGAAGCAGACAUUGGCAGCGCUGCGCUGCCAAGCGAGGAGGAGAACCAGCUGAUUGAACUUUCUUGUGACCAGACAAUGAAGGCAACAUUCGGAAAAGUCACACUGUGUCAGUUCUGGUGCAGUGCUGUCACAGGAGAGUAUUCGACGUUGGCGAGACGGGCAGCGAGACGGACUGCCCUUCAGCACCACCUACCUCUGUGA